CCCCCCUCGCUGGGUCUGGGUUUCUGGCAGGCAGCUUUGCCUGGGAGGGAUCUGCCGUCAGAGCCACCCAGGAAAGGAGGCCCGAUCCACUCAUUAAUAUUCCGAACUAGUGACCCUUCUUCUUCUUCCCAGCCCUUCCCUUUCUGUGGGCUCUCCCUGCCGCGGAUGGCUGCAGCCCCCUCCAGCUGAGCCGAUCCUCCCUCCCCGCAGCAUUGCAGCACCUCCGCAGCUCCCUGCGUUCCUGCUCCUGCAGCACCCGCUCUGCUCCGCCGCAGCAGCAUGGCCAGCACCGUCUCAGCCUACAAGGAGAAAAUGAAGGAGCUGUCUCUGCUCUCCCUCAUCUGCUCCUGUUUCCACACCCAGCCCCAUCCUAACACCAUCUACCAGUAUGGAGAUAUGGAGGUGAAGCAGCUGGAUAAGAGGGCAUCAGGCCAGAGCUUCGAAGUGAUCCUGAAGUCCCCUUCAGAUCUAUCUCCUGAGAGCCCGAUCCUCUCCUCCCCCCCCAAGAAGAAGGACCUGUCCCUGGAGGAGCUGCAGAGGAGGCUGGAGGCUGCAGAGGAGAGGAGGAAGACCCAGGAGGCUCAGGUGCUGAAGCAGCUGGCGGAGAAGCGGGAACACGAGCGGGAAGUGCUGCACAAGGCGCUGGAGGAGAACAACAACUUCAGCCGCCUGGCCGAGGAGAAGCUCAACUACAAGAUGGAGCUGAGCAGGGAGAUCCGUGAAGCACAUCUCGCUGCCUUGAGGGAGCGGCUCCGCGAGAAGGAACUGCACGCAGCUGAGGUCCGCAGGAACAAGGAACAGCGGGAGGAGAUCUCUGGAUAAAGGGCUUUUCUACACAUCUAGCACCUGAUUCCUGAUUAACAAACCAACCAAUCGACCAACCAACACAUUUGAUUUUGUUUGUCUAGAUGCGACCUUCGAUUCUCCAUCCUUCCCCCACCCCUCCCCUGGUGUUCGUCCCCCAGCUACACGCUUCUCUAUCUCUGCAUCCUUAAUGUCAGUACUUGUGAGGAUUCACAGAUCAUAGGGACCUCUAAGCAGAAUAGCAACUAGUUCACAUGAAAUAGAGAAUCAAUCGAUCGAUCAGUCAAUCAAACAGCUUCUUUGGAGGGUUUUGUCCUUUUUUAAAAAACAAAUAUUUCUUAAACUGAUGUAAAAAGAAAAAUUAAUAAGAUAUUAAUAAAUUCAACCAGCAGUGUCACAGAGAUACAGAUUUCUUACCCGGGGCUUUUACUCCUCUUGGUGUUUGCUCUGAGCCAAAUAUCAGUUUCAGACUAAGUGGUAAUUUCUGUGUGUGAGGUGGAAUAGGGAAGAGCCCCGUGUUUGCCAGUGGUAGGAGAGAGGAAUGGGAGGGAUGGAUGGUGCAGGAGCCGUGGUGUGCAGAACCCCCCAGCUCUUGGCUGCAUCUGGAGCCAGCCCAGGCAGGCAGUGACCCAACGUCCUCAUCUCUGCAUGGUUCUUUGAUAGCCCGUGAGGAAGGAGGUGAGGGUCUCUGCUCCCACAGCAUGGCAAGUGCCCCAACACUGGGAAUGUCCUGGUUGGCAGCAGCAGGAGCCAGUGGACUGAGCCACCCUCUCCCCACAGAGCAGGGACUGAGAAGUCUUGGCCAGGCAGCCUGGGAGACCCACAUAUGAUGAUUGCAUCCCCAAAUCCAUGGAAGCCCUGGGAGAGGGUGCUCGGUCUGCAGGUCUCCAGCGCUCCCACAACAUGAGGUCUCAGUCCAGUAGGAAAGCAAAUCCAAUAGAGGCAGUGCCUGGUUGUGAAACAGCCUUUUAGUGAACAGAAUCAUCCUCCUUCCCUCUUUCCAAAGACAUGUAGGACUCUUCAGUGCCAUUAGGAGGCAGGACACGGCAGCUGCCCGGUACCUCCAGACCUGUGGCUUUGGAUGAGAUGGAGCUGAGGAGGAGCAAUUCCACAGUAAGGGUGAAGAGAUGUCCCCACACUCGUUCCUUGUCUAACUUUAGCUUUUCCAAACCUACUUAUAAGACAAAAUUGCCUCUUGAUGGACGUAGGGAUGAGCAGAGAACACACAAGCACGGCAGUGAUGUCUGAUUUAAUAGGUGACUGUCAAAGCCCAUGGACUUCCUCAUCUUCUAGUGUCACAGCUUAUGGAGGUAGCCAAGGCCCCAGCAGCCACCACGCAUUGCAAGGGACUCUGUGCCGAGACCCACAGACCUGCUCACCCUGUCCCAGCUCCUGCCUGGAGAAACCAAAUGGAGAUGUUGCAUCUGGAAAGCAGGGAAUGGCCACCUUCCACAAGGACAUGGUGCUGGGGAUGCAGCCCUGCGGGAGCACGGCCCUGCACCAGCUUUUGCAGAGGAUUCAGUGGAAGCUGCUUUCCUGUGAGGCAGAAGGUAAAAGAAUUCCCACUCUGACCAGUGCUCGAGGUUACUGGGUUGUUAGUUUUUAAGGGACCAGGGCAGUGGUUGGGUCCCUCUGUCCUGGCUGCCCUCACAGACCCCAGAACACACCAAAGGGGCAUUCAAGGCACUGAGAUGUGUAAUUAUCAAUAACUGGUGUCCUGUGCUGUGCCUCCAAAGAGCCAUUCUGGGCACGGGAGGCAGGAUCCUUGGGGAAUGAUUUAAGCAAACAAGGGAUGCAGACAUGGGCACAGCCCAGCCCGGGGCUCCAUGGAGCUGUGCUCUGCUGGAAGCAAUGAGGAGCUAGAGCACAUGAAGGGUUUGCCCAGGGAAUAACGAUCCCAUUGCCCCUCUAAGAAAGGAAUUAUUGUUGAUUCUGGUCAGAAGCUGAAGUUUUCUGUCUACCCCGUGCUUUAAUUAGGUAAAGAAUCGAUUUCAGCCUGGGGUGAGCAUCAGGCAGUCGCAGAAACCCCAUGGAAAGCCAAAGAGAACAAACCCCGGGGCUCUUUGCUAAUCUCCCCAGGAUUCCCAGCUGAAUUCGGGAGGGAUCCCUCAAUGGCCAGAGUGUGAUGUUAGGGAAUUCUGCUCCUAAAAGGAAGGGCUACCUUAUUCCCACACCCUCCGCCUGGGCUGGGGAGGGGACAGGACUGUUAGAAAGCCCCAGUGCUGUCAGUGACUAAAAACAAACCAUAGGAUUGAGGGCAAAGAGGGCAAAGAGAAGGAAACUGAGGGUUGAAUUUCUUAACAGUAGCUUAAUGAUCAGUUUGUAGUAGCAGCUGUCUUAGAUGAGCAUCAUUGUAGAGCGGCAUCACCUCCAGCAUCACCUCAUCAUGUAGUGGCAAGAAAUUUUAAAAAGUUUAAAAAAAAAAUACUACUAAUACUUUAAAAGUAAUUUAAACAACAAUGUUUGUGUGUAAGAAAUGGUUGAACCUGUCAAAUGUCUGUGUCCCGCGUUGGUGGGAUCUGAGAAGGCAUCUGCGAGAUAUUAACCCUGUCCUACUCUCUGUGGUGCUGAGUGUUUGCUUGGUGUGUAAUUCUGACCUGAGGCUUGUUGUAAAUACUGUUUUUAGUACUACGAUUAUGAUGAUUAUUAUGAUUAUUAUUAUCAGAAAUGUUGUACUCAUGAGCAGGGGUUUAAAACAAGAGAAACGACCGUUUCCACUCUCUCCUGGGGGCUCAGAUGGAGUCGGAUGAGGGCCGGGUGAUGGCACGGGCAGGGCGGGAUGCUGGACCAUGGAGCCGGGAGCUGGAAGCAGCUGAGUCCUGCGGGCAGGGCGGUGGGAGCAGGGGCAGGCUGCUCCUCAGGAAGGGCUGAGCGGUGGAAUAGAGGUGAUGCUUCAAUUCUAGUACAUAUAAUUUAGUGUAAACCCAAAGCUCCUGGUGCGAGGGGUCCCGGCUGUGCCCAGGGGAAGCAGGAGGAGCCCUGAGGUUUGGUGUGAGCUGAAGGAGAAGUGGUUGGUGGUGGGUUGUGCUGGUUAGAGCCAUCCUCCCCAUACAGCCAUUGAGUCUCUGGGCUCGGUUCCUGCCUGGAUCUCCCACCUCGGCCCUUUGCGCUUCCCCCCUCUCUCUGGAGGCCAGCCUGGAUCUCAGGCAGGGACUGAUUCUUGCAAUAGCUUUGCCUGGCAAAAAAUGAUCCCAUGGGAAACGCACAGGAGAGUGGCCUGGCACACGGUGUGAGCGCUGGGAAACUCAUUUGUCUCCCCUCCGUCGGGUCGGUGCUGUGAGGGACAGUGGAUGUGGCUGGAAAACGUGUUCCUGCAGGGUCGGAGGAGCAGGGAUGUGCAGGGAGAGUUUUGCACCAGUAACGUCGGGUACCUGCUGCCGAGACGCGUUGUGCCAAGGAAACCACCUCAUCCAUAGGAGUGGCAGAGCGAUGUUUGCCCGGUGCAGAUGCUUAUGACAGGGAUUUAGGGAGCUCGGUGUUUGUCCAGUGCCACUGGACACUAUCAGGGAAAUGUGUGAUUGCUUUGGCUGCAUCAAUGCCCGCACUGCGGAUGCAGCGCUGUGCCUGGCUGGCAGCACGUGGCACGGGCCGGGAUCACGGUUGUUUCAUGCCUUUCCAUAUCCCAGGGUUGCUAAUGGUUGUGUGCAGCAGCAUACUUCACGCCUCAGUUGAGACUAAUCAAGUAUCCUCAUUAGCAUCCUUACUGCCCCAGCCUCCCUCAUUCCCGGCCUGUUCCCAAGUACCGCGGUCAUGGACACGGCAUGAACCCCCCGAUUCCCAGGACCACCUUCCUUAUGGUAGGGCUUAAAGUUCUUCGUUGAUUCCCAUAGAUGUUUAUAAUCAAGCUUUGUAACUUAGCAGCCCCAUUUCUGCAGCAGCACAUGGACACGAGACUUUGUGCCUGGUAGGGAGAGCAUCCUCAAGGCGGGCGGCAGCAUCCCUGCCUGGACCACGAACGUGAGGGAGCAAAGAGAUGGUGACAGUUUGUCCCGUGAAUCCAUACAACCUUCAAAGAGCACUCCUGGAGAAAGGCCUCUGAUUUAUGUAGGGGACAGAAGCCGAAGCUAAAUGAGCUCCCAGCUGAGCAAAGAGCUCAGCUUUGUCUGUAAAUGGGUGCUUUCAAGGAUGCUGCCCCCUCAGACUGCUUCUGGACUGAGCCUAUUCCUUGUCUUAUCAUUUCUGAGCCAUUACAACCCCUCGCUGUAACCCAGACGUGGGGUUACCUUUGAGCUGACCUCCCAGGGCCGGCGGCACUUCACGACUGCAUGCGUCCUACCCUGGGGGUCGGUUGGUAUUGCUGCUCCCUUUCCACUGGAACCUUCAGCUUGCUUGCUUCUGCUUAGCCCGGCGUGACUCCGGCCCUGGCUCUGCAAAGCCUCUCUCCUGGGGUUGCUUAUAUUCCCUCCCUCCCUCGCCGUGGCUGCACACACACGCACACAGACGCAGACGUGGAAACGAGAUAUGCACAUACACCCUUAACACCACUUCAAAUGAGUCAGGGAAUGGCUGUUCACGGUGCUAGAGAUUCCUUACUAUCCAUGCCAGGGAUGAGAUGACAUAGUAAGACCAAUAAACUCCACCUUUGUAGUCAGUUGUCUUUAAGUAAAGCAGAAGAGGGGCACUGGCCAGUGCUUGGGUGCUCCGGGGUCCCCAGGGAAGCAGCGGGACCCACUGUGGCAUCCCGGCACCCCCAGGCCUCAGUUUCCCCACCCCAUGACGAGGGGACGCUGAUGCUGGACCAGGGGAGAGCCAACGCAUCCAAAGUGCUCUGAGAAUGGAAAGUUCCCAAAGGACCGAGUCGUGGUUCACAAGCCCGGGAGGAACAAACCGGCCCAUGGCCACAGGCAGAGGUUUGGGAGGCUGAGCUGUAACCCCAGGGCUCAGCACCCCGGGCAGGAUUCACACCUUUGCUCGUGGCGGGUGGGAGCUGGCGUGGUGUCGUGGAAGGGCUUUCCAUCACUAACAGAGCCUUGUCCGGUUCCCUUCGGUCUACCACGUGCAUUUCAUUGUCAACUUGAGGUUGUUGUUGUGCAAAAGAAGUGAUUAUGAAACAAACAAACAAAAAAAAAAAGAAAUAAACUUGGUAUGAAACCACGUGUCCAUCUCUCUCCAUCGCUUGGUUUAGCUCCGAGGCUUCUCUUUGUAUUGUGAGAAUACCAAUAAACUGCAUUAAAUGGAAAACUGA